CCUGGAGGAGAUGGAGAAGGCGGCCGCGAGCUGGCUUGUCAACAAGGUGUUGAAUAUGAUGUGUGAUGGCUUGGUGGGCGCGUUUGUUGCUAGCAAAGAGCUCGGUCUCAACUCCGAGAAGAUAAAACAUGAUCUUGAGUUUGCGAGUGCGCUGCUACAAGCAGCACAGACGAGGGGUGUGGGUGACAAUGACGGCAUGGGGAAGCUCGUGCAAGCGCUGAGCACCAAGGCCCACGAGGCUGAGGACGUGUUGGAUGAGCUCCACUACUUCAUCAUCCAGGACCAACUCGACAACACCCAGCAUGCGGUGCCAGAUCUGGGCAAGGGCCUCCGUGGUCAUGCUCGCCAUUGCCACCAAGCUCUUCGUCACAUUGUCGGUAACUGUCUCGUGUGCCUUUCUUGUUCGCAUACGCAAGAUGUUCAUGAUAAUGAUCAUGUUGUUGCUGUUACAAAUAUCAAACACCAUACAACCAAACUUGGUGGUUAUUAUGGUAAUAAUGGUCUAGUUGGUAGGUUGUCCUUCGACAGAGUGGCCAUGUCCAAAAAAAUUAAGUCGGUGAUAGAGGAAAUUCAUGCCCUGUGUGACCAUGUCUCUAAGUUGCUCAAUGUAGUCCCACACCAUAGCAGCAACACCGCAAUUGUCAAUCCAAAACGACCUCUUAUAGGAUCAACUUCUGCACAGGAUACAUUAUAUGGGAGGAGAGACCUUUUUGAGCAAACAAUAAAAGAUAUUAUCACUGGUGGAACAAAUAGCAGCGGAACACUUGUUGUUCUUCCUAUAGUUGGUCCAGGAGGCAUUGGGAAGACAACCUUCACCCAACACUUGUAUAAUGAUGGAAGGAUACAGCAACAUUUUGUUGUGAGGAUGUGGGUAUGUGUAUCAACUGAUUUUGAUGUUCUUAAACUCAGCCAACAGAUCCUUAGCUGCAUAGAAAGGAGGAACACCACAAAUCAAACCAAAAAUUUAGACCAGCUCCAAAUAUCCAUUGCAGAGGGACUAUUGUCUAAAAGGUUUUUAAUUGUCUUUGAUGAUAUCUGGAAAUGCAGUGGACAUGAUUGGGAAACCAUGUUAGCUCCUUGUAUGAAGAGGGGAGCCAAAGGCAGCGUUGUUCUUGUCACAACUCGAUUCCCUUCUAUAGCUGAAAUGGUAAAAACGUCCAACCUAAUAUCACUAAAAGGUUUGGAGCCUGAUGACUUGCUCGCAUUCUUUGAAGGAUUUAUAUUUGAUGGCAACAAACCAGAGGAUUAUCAAGACGACUUAUCUCUUAUUGCAAGAAAUAUUGCAGAUAAGUUAAAGGGCUCACCUCUAGCCGCCAAAACAGUCGGUCGAUUAUUAAAGAAGAGACUUUCUCGAGAACAUUGGAUGAGAGUUCUUAAAAACAAUGAAUGA